UUUUUAGCUCUUUCAUCAAAUGUCAUUUUUUAUCCUUUUGAGAAAACCCUUUCCUUCACAAGCUUCAUUGUACACUGUUAGCGCUAUUCCUGGAUUGUUCCCUCAAAAUCUCCUGAUUUCAGAUUUUGAGUGUUGUCGAUAGGACAUAAGCAGCUGCUCAUCCAUCUUAGUCGUGCCCCAGGCCAGCAAUCCAGUGUUUGAAUGCGCAUUAUUGAUCAGACGCCUAUUAAAACUUAUUAACCAGCUGAAACUAUGACCAACUAUGAACAUUAGGAUUCUCAAAUCCUUGUUCACGUCAUUUUCCAGUCCCACUACAAUAAUUCCAAAUCCAAAUCUCCGCUAUUUUUGCACUAACACAACAGCUGUAAAACGAAUAUCCCAAUUUAAAUAUCCUCUGCAAUUCCAACAAAAAUCCCCCCAAAGAAAUCUCAUUGCAGUGUCGAGUCUUCUCACAAAAUAUGGUUUUCCAGCUCUAGAACUUCCUGAUUUUCUCGAGAGGAAUCGUCGUUUACUAAAUCUAGACCCUGCCAAAAUUGAAAAAUCCCUUAAGGUUCUAUUAUCCUUGAAACCAUCUCAAGAAUUCCUAGUGUCCAUGAUAAGUAGUUGUCCCAGGGUUCUAGAAUAUGAUGCUAUAAAGAAAUGGGAAGGAGGCAUCCAAGGAUUAGAAGAGGGGUCCAAAUCCUAUUUAUCCUCUUUGGCUAUUCGGAAUAUUCUGGAGGUUUCGGUGAAGUUUGAAUUAGAUUAUGAUUGUGUUCUAGGGUCUCUUAAAUGCCUGAAGGAUUUAGGAAUUACUAAUAUUACUCUAAAUAAGGUUUUAGAGACAUGUCCCAUGGUAACUACGAUGUCUGCAAUCAAGAUUCAUGACACUUUUGAAUUCGUCAUUAAUGCCUUUGGGAUUGGCAGAGUUGAAUUCGAUAGCAUUCUCAAUGUCUAUCCAGGUAUUUUGACCUUUGGGUUUCAAAGUAAGGUUAAGCAGUUGCUCGAUGAAUUUAAAGUUUUGGGUUUUAAUACGGAGAUGGUUAAGAAACAGGUUCUUAAAGAUCCUGGAAUUCUUGCACUGGAAGUUGGGGAGUUAUCGCGGUGUUUGGAGUUGCUUAAAAGUUUGAAAUGUAGGGAAAUUAUUAAGAAGGAUAUUUUCCGUGAGGGGUUUUUUAAGGCUGGGUAUGAGGUGAAACUAAGGGUUGAUUGUUUACGUAAUCACGGGUUAACCUUAAGGGAUGCUUAUUCCGUGUUAUGGAAAGAGCCGAGAGUGAUACUUUAUCACAUCGAAGAUGUUGAGAGGAAGAUUCAGUUUUUAGUUAACGUGAUGAAAGUUGAUAUUCAUUGUCUUAUUGAAGUUCCGGAGUACCUUGGGGUGAACUUCGAGAAACAUAUUCUACCGAGAUUCAAGGUAAUUGACUACUUAAGAUCAAUAGGAGGACUUGGUGAUGAAGUGGGGUUAAGGGAGUUGAUUAAACCUAGUAGAUUGAAAUUUUAUAAUCUAUAUGUCAAGCCGUAUCCAGAGUGUGAAGCAAUAUAUGGAAGAUUUGCAAGAAAUGAUGAAGUGAGAAGUCGACAUCCAGUGGGAAUGUGGAAGCUUUUCAAACCACAAAAUAAUCCAAAGUCCACAGAAGAUAUUAUGAACAUUAAGUCGUAUAUGGAUUCGUUGGCUUGAGUUCUGAAUCUUUUCUCUAUAUUCUACCUGAACAUACAUCUUUGUAGCAUUCUCUUGGAAGAUCCUUUUCCAAGUUUUUGCUGCAGCUGAAAGAGGGAUCGGGAUGCGCAUGAUAGGAAUGAAGGCCAAUAAACCUUGAU